UUUUUUUCUCAAUCAGAUAUAUGACAUUUAACUACGCAUUAUUUAUUUUCCACGUGAUAUCGACCUGUAUACACCUAGUUACGAGACAUUGAGAAGCGCUCUUGACUGUAUAUGUGUUGUGAUUUUUUGCAUGGCCUAAAUAACGCGCUAUAGUGGUUUUUAAGCAAGAACAUUCGCCGUCAGAUCGGGCUCUUGCAUUGAACAGCGCACACGUAUGUUGUUUAUAUGUUUAUAAAUAAAUCAUUAUGAGUGCAAAAACUAAGAAACGGUACAAAAUAUUGUUUUUUAUUUUACCGAAAACUAAAGAUGAAGGAUUUAAGAAGGAUAACGCAAAGUUUAGAAGAUCAAGGUCAUGGGUAACCGGAUGUGUUUUGUUUCUAAUAGGAGCUGUUGUAACAUUGUAUGUCAUCAAGAAGUACUUUUCUUUCCUUCCAAACAAGGUAUCCGACUACAUUUUCAAUCGGUACACAAAUCCGGAUAUGACGUCACUUGAAGUCCACCAUAUUGGAUUUUUAAAAGUUCACAAAGCUGGUGGUAGUACCGUCCAAAAUAUUUUGUUUCGUUUCGGAAUGAAGCGGCAUUUGUCGUUUGUCAUGCCAAUCGAAGGAAACAAAUACAAGUUUUCAACUUACGGUCGAGAGCAUGAACUACUUUUUAAAAGCGGAAGUGGAUAUUACGAUAUCUUAGCAUUACACUCGGUGUAUAACGAGUCGGUGUAUAAUGAAAUUUUGCCAAAUGAUACUGUAAAUAUAGCAAUAGUUAGAGAACCUUUAUCGUUAAUGAUCUCAGGGGCAUACUUCCACAGGGAUGUUUGGAAGGUACAAUAUCUUGAAAUGGUGCCAAAGGAAAACUUCAUAAAAGACUUAAUCCGAUAUCCGGAAUUGUAUGACCGAAAUGUGUUCAGUUUGACAAGAAAUUCUAUGGCGAUGGAUUUCGGGUUUCCAAGGGGCUUUCAUUCUACAGACUCUGAAAAAAUAGAACAUUAUUUACAAUAUCUAGAUUCUAAAUUCCCAUUAGUCAUGCUAGUAGAACAUUUUGAUGAGUCAAUUAUUUUAUUUAAAAGACGUCUGCACUGGCGCCUUGAGGAUGUGUUAUACAUUCCAUUGAAUAUCAAUAAACAUCCGACCGAACGAGCAUUGGGCAUAUCUGAGAACGAUAAGAACAAAUUCGAGGAGAGAAAUUUUCUUGAUGUUGCUAUUUAUAGAUUUUUUAAACGAAAAUUUAUAGAGACGGUGUCUUCGCUUGGGUCAGAAUUUCGAGACGAGGUAGAGCAUUUCCGGAAUGUAAGAAAGUCAGUCGAACAUUACUGUGUUACUAACGACGGAGACAAAAAAUCUUUCGAUGUAGACGAAUCCUCUUGGAAUGGACCAUUUCAGGUUUUACAAAGCGAUUGUGAUGCAAUGCUCACGGACGAAUUGAAAUUCAUAGACAAAAUACGUGCAGAUAUUCGACAAAAGAAAAAACGAAAGCAAGCUUCCGCUGGGAUUUGAUUCAUGCCGUUUUUAACAACAUUUUCUUUUCCUAUGAAAAUGAGGCUAAAUGGUAUAUGUCACACUUGUCAAAGAAAAAAAAGAGACAGUAAAAUUGAACAGAAAGAAUGAGUCGGUGAACAUGCAAGCAACUUUCACGCGAUUCAGGACUUUUGUUGGUUAUGAAAAAUAGCAUAGCCUUUAGAAUUAACUUUACGAAUAUGUUCUUUUUUCGUCCUGGUGUGAAUGGCAAAAACUGAAAUAGAAAGAGUUCGUAACUUAGCGCUAGAAUAUUGCAAGCAAGGUGUUAGUGGUUAUAAUAAUUGGACUACCUUUUGCUGUCCCAAGAAUAAAAGAUUGAAAACAUUUUCCAUUGGAAGUCCUAGUCCUAAAAGUUUGUAGCAUCUUGGACAUCUGUCGUAGGUUGCAUACUUUUAAGUUGGACAUUCACCUAUGUAUAUAACGCAAAAACGUGUUUUAACGGAACUUUAUAACGUUUUAAAUAUCUUAUUUUUUUAAUAACGCUUCAUAUUCUAUUAAAAAUAGUUUUUAAUCAAAAUUGAACAGAACAAGUUUAAUUUUCGAGUUAUGUGACCGAGCCGUAAUAAUAUGCAGCAAACACAUUCAAAGACACUUUGCCAAAAAUGUAUAGAGAUGCAGGGAAAGAAGGGGAUUUUAAACCCCCAAAUUGUUUAAUGAUAUUAAUAUGUACAUAAAGAUGUAGUAGUUCAAGCUCUCUGUGAUAUUGAUGAGGCAUUAAUUACACGGCACCGUACGUGUUUAUUAAUUAAACAUAAAAGCAGUUAAAUUUAUUCAGUUGUUAUAAAUGUCUUAAAAAUGGCUUGUUAUGUAUACAUAAUUUUUACGCAAAAGUAAACCAUUAUUUCAAACGAA